CGUGACAGUGUCACAGCGGAACUGGAGGUGUAGGGAAGCUAAGCUAACCGGCUAACGCCCGUGUGACGGUGUCAGAACAGAGUUAAAGCGGAAACACAAGCGUCCGUCGAGUUUCGACCAGGCAAAAAACGUGAACACGUGAAGUGACGUCGACAGAGCGCUGUAGUUUUGCCAGCAGCCUUUGGGUGUAAGAUGUCGGACGAGGAGGACGCGGCUCCGGCCGUGAAGAGGAGUCGUGUUUUCUAUGGAAGCCUGGAGGAGAAAGAGCGGGAACGUCUGAGCUCAGCGAGGCACGGCGGCAAGGGGACAGGAAGUGAUGCGGUGAAGGCGGGAAUCGAGGCGGGAAACAUCAACAUCUCGUCAGGAGAGACGAUGGAGAUGGAGGAGCGGGUCAGCGAGCGUCAACACGAAGCGCUCGCUGAGUUUGAGCGGCGGCGGCGAGCGCGUCAGAUCACCGUCUCCACGGACGACGCAGAGGUGAAGGCGGGUCUCCGGGCGCUCGGUGAGCCAAUCACGUUGUUCGGAGAGGGACCAGCUGAUCGGCGAGAGAGGUUGAGAAGCGUCUUGUCGGUCGUUGGUCCCGACGCCCUGAAGAAAUCCAGGAAAGAUGAAGAGCGAGCAAAGAGAUCACAGGAAGAGUGCCAGCAGACGUGGUACCAUGAAGGCUCCGCAUUCCUGAAGGAUGCCCGGCUCUGGUUGGCCAGAUACUCUCUUCCACGGGCCUUUAAGCGUCUGGAGGCGGAACGUGCUCAGAGGGAUGUUGCUGAGGCAACGAGGGGGAUCCGACAGCAAGAGCUGCACAAGAGCCUGAGGAAUCUGAACAACUUCUGCAGUCAGAUCGGAGAUGAUCGACCAAUCAGCUUCUGCCACUUCAGCCCCGACUCCAAGAUGUUGGCCACCGGCUCCUGGAGCGGUCUGUGUAAGCUGUGGUCCGUCCCCGACUGCAACCUGAUUCGUACACUCAGAGGACACAACACCAACGUGGGUUCCGUCAUGUUCCGCCCACAGGCUGGAGUCUCUCUUGACCAAUCGGAUGUGAGCUUGGCCUCAUGUGCUGCUGACGGGUCUGUGAAGUUAUGGAAUCUGGAGAGCGACGAGCCAGUGGCGGACAUCGAGGGUCACAGCGAGCGAGUGUCCCGGGUGUCGUGGCAUCCGUCUGGAAGGUUCCUCGGAACGAGCUGUUAUGAUAAUUCGUGGCGUCUGUGGGAUCUGGAGGUUCAGGAGGAAAUUCUCCACCAGGAAGGUCACAGCAAGGGCGUCCACGACAUGACCUUUCACCCCGACGGGUCACUGGCUGCUACUGGAGGCCUGGAUUCGUUCGGCAGGGUGUGGGACCUGAGGACUGGGCGCUGCAUUAUGUUCCUGGAGGGUCACCUGAAGGAGAUCUACAGCCUGCACUUCUCCCCCAACGGGCAUCACUUGGCAACAGGAAGUGGUGACAACACCUGUAAGGUCUGGGAGCUGAGAAACAGGAAGUGCCUGUACACAGUCCCCGCCCACCAGAACCUGGUGUCCGCUGUUCGCUUCCAAUCCACGGACGGUCACUUCCUGUUGACUGGAGCAUACGACAACACGGCAAAGGUCUGGAGUCAUCCUGGUUGGACGCCACUGAAGACGCUCGCCGGACACGAGGGGAAGGUGAUGGGCGUCGACGUGUCGCCUGACGGUAAACUGAUCGCAACAUGUUCCUACGACCGUACCUUCAAACUCUGGUUGUCUGAGUGAUGUCACUUCUUCAACCAAGUUUUUUUAAUCAAGUGAAAAAUACUAUUUGUUUCUUUUCAAUAAAACUGUUUAGUGCUUGAAUUUA